AUGGCACGAAAACGUGAGCUCAGAGCAAAGGACAUCAAGCUCCAGCAACCCGACCGAUCCGGCCCAACGGGCAAGACCCUUCUAGAUUUGGCCCAGGAGCGAUCGCUAUUCGCCCAGGCCGACGAGGCGCAACGACGGCAACGACAAGGUCGAGAACAACGGCCCCCCUCAGCAGCGACAACCAAGAUCCAUCCAGAUGACAGUGAAGAGGCAGUCCUAUCACCCGGUGCCGAACGGUUCCUGGAAACUCUUCUGUGGACCGUCAGCCUGGCCAUGAUGCACUUUACCUUUGACGUGCUCGUGCAUCACCAGUUUGGACGGGAGAUGGGCUGGAUGGAUAUAUGUGUUCGAACGUCUAGGGCCUGGAUCGUCUUCCUCCUCCUCUUCUGGCCUCUACAUCCGCACCACGCCAACGACGAGAGACUCCUCCCGGCGCGACUCGUACCGUCCAAGAAGCAGGACGGCCUGAUCCGCCACUGCAUCUUCUUCGCCGCCGGCACCGCGUGCGGCUGCUACCUCGUCUACAUCACCAAUACGUUUGGGUACCUGGCCGUCAUGAAGCAGGCCCCUCCGCUGGGAUGCAUCUGGGUCUGGUCCAUCAUCGAGAUGGAUCUGGUCUGGGCCGUGACCAGCCUGGGCCUCACCGCAGCAUAUCUCUGGCAGGGAGGCUACUCCGUAUAUUAG